AUGCAAGGAGAGAAUAAUCACACAGUUCAAAUGAAAAAGAGUCAAGGUUGCAGAAUAUGGGUGGGACCUACAGGAGUAUCGCCAAGGUCAAAAUGGGAACUAGUACACGUAUAUAAAGCCCAGUCAACUGGUUUGCUACAUCAGUUCGAUCUACAUCCGACCAACAUGAAGUUUUAUUUUCAGAUCAUCAUUGCCUGCGUUGCCACUGUGGCCUUCGCCGCCCCCCAGUACAGCUCAAGCGAAGAAGUUGAGUUUGUGCCAAUCCUUAAGGACGACCGCGUCCAAGAGGACGACGGAACAUACAGCUUCGACUUCGAAACUGGCAACGGUAUCAGCUUCUCCCAGGCUGGAUCCCCCGACGGUGAUGAGGACGCUGUGAUCAAGGCCGGAGAAUACUCCUACACCGCUCCUGACGGCACUGAAAUCCGUCUACGCUUCGUUGCUGACGACAACGGCUUCCAGCCCGAGGGCGACCAUCUGCCCGUGGCUCCCGAGUUCCCCCACCCGAUCCCCCAGUUCGUCCUCGACCAGAUCGCUAAGGCCGCCGAGGAGGACGCCGCUCGCGCCGAUUCUGAUGAAAAUUAG